UUCGUCCGCUCACAACAGCUUGCUUGUGUGUACAUAGGACUGGUGUGCAUAAUGUCGGUGCAUAGAAUUAGUACAGUUCUAUGGUCGGUGACAUCAGCUAAAAGUACAAAAAGUAAACAAACCUAUAAAUGACACAUAAAUGUAGAUGUUUUAAAUUCGACUAAAAUAAAGACAGAGCCAGAGGUCAGUUUUUCCAACUGAAACUGGUUGUGACAGCAAACUGAGCCAGGUCAACAAGAUCUACAAGCAAAUUGUAAUUUAGAAAAAUGGGUGAUUUUAACAUUUCUAAAGCUCUGGAGCUAAACAAGGCACAGACUAUUGGGAAGACAAUUAUCUAUAAAAAGAGCACUGGAACAACCAUGGAUGAUGCUAAAGAAUGUGGCUUUAAUGGAUCACCACAUGGUACAGCAGUUAUAGCUGAGUUACAGACUAAAGCUAGAGGUGCUAAAAAUAAUAAAUGGAGUGCAUUACAUACGGACAAUAUCUAUGUGUCAUUUGUUCUACAUAAUGUUAAGCUUGAACAGGGUUGGGUUAUGCGUUUUAAAUGUGAAGUAGCUGCUUCAUUAGCUGUUUUACGUGCUGUCAAUGAUCUAGGUAUAAAGGAUGUAAACACUAAAUGGCCAAAUGAUCUGUGGAUAAAAGGUCACAAACUUGCAGGAUUUUUGAUGGAAGAGGUGGAUUUUGACAUUCCUGAUGCAUAUCCUAUAAAACAUUUAGCCAUAUUAGGAAUUGGUGUGAAUGUUAAUUCAGAUGUCCGUAGAAACCCAGAAUUAUACAGCUUGGCUACAAGUAUUAAAUGUGAACUUGGUGGAUAUGAAGUUUGUCGAGAAGAACUGUUUGCUAAUAUGUGUUUGUAUCUAGAGGAAAAUCUGGCCAAGUCACGAAGACAACUUCAUAAAGAAUUUAUACAACAUCAAUUGUUUAAGCCAGGAACAGAUGUUGUUGUUCUUUCCCUAGCUGAUAAUGAAUCAUAUCCUGCUCAAAUCUUGAAAAUUAAAGAUAACUGGAAUCUUGUUUUUCAAACAAAAGAUGGUAUAAAAGAAGUAGAUUCUAGUAAACAUAGUGUACGUCCUAGAAUCAGUAAAAUAGUUUAUAUUGUAACCAGUUGCAAUCUAGAUGUUGAUAGUAGUCAAGAAUUAUAUAGAAUACUUCUUACAUUAGUUGAUACCAGUAAAUAUAAUAUUAAAUAUCUUAAACUAGAAGAUUUAGAAAAGGGGAAUUGGAGAGAAAACGCCCAUUUAGUUGUUAUAGGUGCCAUAGUUACCACAGCUCAAUAUGAUUGGUGUAAAUGUGAGGAUGUAAUAAGAGAUUAUGUAUCAAAUGGUGGUAGCUUAUUUUGUAUUGGUCACAUUUUACGAAAUCUCAAUAUGACAAACUUUUUUAUUGAUAAAGUGGGAAAUGAAGAGGCAGAAAAUUCGCUUGUUGGAAUUAGGUUGCAAAGUGAAGUAGAUGAUGUAAAUGUAAGUCUGUGUUGUCGUGGUAAUCCUGUACUGUUGAAAAUGACUGAUUCGACUGACACUGUCUUAGCUUGGUAUCAAGGAACAGAUAAUGCUAUAGCAAUUGUUACUAAAAACUUUGGAAAGGGGAAAAUAUGCGGCUGUGGUUUUAAUCUAGAAAUUACUUGUAUGUAUGAAGAUCUUGAAAAUCUGACCAAAUCCAAACUUUUACCUCAAGAAUUAGAACAGAAUGUUUUUCAUCAAGAUAAACUCUUUCAAAAUAUUUUAAAGAGUUUGAGUAUUGAGUAAGAAGAGCAUUUAUAACUAGAACUUAGAUAUCAAUAUUAAAAACCAUUUGACUUUACAAAGUAUAUAAUAUUCAAUCUAAGAAAUUCAUCUUAUUAUGAUUACAUGUAAAAAUGUUUAUUUUAACAUUUACCAUAUGAAUUCUAGUCCAAACUAUGAUUUACAAUCUGAUAUUUUACGAUUUCAGCUGCCAUGGGGUUCUACCACAUUCUACAAUCCACAUGAUUUGUGCAUGAUUGGUCGAUCCCCUGCAGAUCAUUAUUUAGUGAACUAUCAUAAAUAGACAUUCUUUAAAAAUCGAUCAAAAUUGCUUUGUUGAUGUAUGUAGCAACUGAAAUGUGGGUUAACAUCCUACUUUUCUGCACCGACUGGGCUAAUGAAGAUGGGCAUACGCCUUACACUGCACCCUAGUUGGUAGCCUAUGUAAAAGCUGACAUCAGGUCAAGUCAAGCCAUUCAGUGUGCUAUGAGGGAAAGUUUUCCUGGACAGCCGUGCUACAGCUUACUCUUAUAUCGAAUUCGAAUUGUUAAUGGUUCUUUUACUUGCUUGCUAACAUGUACAAGGAACCUUCUUUUUUGUCCCAUCCGAACAACUCAACGUUGACAAAGCUUGAUCGUCCCCGAGAACUUUUUCAGCCAACACUGGGAUAAAACCAAGGACCACUUGGUUAGCGAGCCAGCGAAUUACUCACUGAGCCACCACGACUGCCCUAUGCCGAAGCUUGUCUUUAGAUUUGAUCCUCUGCAGAUGUUCAACCGAUCUUGUGCAAAGCUGGAGGCAUGUAAAAUGUGGUGUUGUUUAUGUUUACACAUGGGUCUACAACAAGCAUGCCAGUCAAUGAUCUGGUCGUGAACUAGGUCUUAUUUCCUGGGGGUUUUUUAAUCAGAGAGAGAGAGAGAGAAAUGGGGUUUAAAGUCCACUCGACAGAAACUAGGUCAUUUUGGGACUAACACUAUGUUUAAUUUUAUUUCAAUAAUUCGCUUGCACGUAAGGGUCUUUAGCAGUGGGAGGAAACCAGAGCACCCCGAGAAAACCCACGAGGUUGGACAGGCGACCCUAGUCCUUGUCACGUACAACCGGGAAUUCGAAACCACGCCAGUUGACUCAAUAACAGACUUUAUGGUACAGCAAGCACGUGCUAACCAUUCAGCCAUCCAACCCACCUUUUUAAUCAGAAUUUCAAAAAUUUGUAUUAUUGCAGUUAUUGAACAAAAAUGAGAAAAUUGGUCAAUUAACUUUGUGGGCGUAAUACUCCGUAAUAGGAGGUCAAAAUGUUAAUAUGUCAGCUUAGAAUUUACCAAAGUGUAUUUUACAAGUAUUUAUGUUUAUUGUGUAUAUCAGAUUAUUAUUGUGUUUUAGUAUUUUACAAGUAUUUAUCUUUAUUGUGUAUAUCAGAUUAUUAUUGUGUUAUAGAAUUAAAUUCGGUUGUAUGUCUUUUAAUCAAUACCAAACCAAAAGUAUUUAUGUUUAUUGUGUAUAUCAGAAUGAAAUUGGGUUGUAUGUCUUUGGGUUGUAUGUCUUUCAAUCAAUACCAAACCAAAAGGUUAAACUUGUCAUUGACCUAUGUUAUUGUUAUUAUUGUUAUUUGUCUAGAUAGUGUCAAUCACUUGAGACCAAAUCUUCUCCUCUUAGACUACACCUACUGCAAAUAGCGUACUGUUGAAUUGCUUAUUUUGUAGGGAUUUCAACAUAAAUGUUAAACAUGCAUUAUGCAAGAGCAAAAUCUGCUUAUUACAAGUCUUUCUUUAGGUCUGAAAUGUUAUCUAAAUUAUCAAUUAGACAUUAAUUAUCCAGACCAUAAUAAACUCUUGAUGUCAAGGCUAGCCUUCGAUUCAGGCUGGAUUAGAUUCCUACAUGCCGCUAACGGCCAAAGAUAAUUAAAUCAGAAAAAGUGGAUAAUCGAGACUAUGCUGUUUAUAUUAAUGAUUUUAGUAAUGAUGACCGAGACUAUGCAAAAAUUUCACCCGCUUCUUUCUGGGCUCAUAGUGGAUCGAUUUGACUGAAAUUUUCAGCAAAUUACCUUUACACUAUCUAGUUUUUAACUAUUAUAGCGAGAACUGCCAUCUCUUUAUCUUAUCUCUCAUAAUGUAUCUUUAACAUAUUGAUAUAGAGAAAUUCAAUAUUAUUAGAUACCUUAUCACUUAAUCAACUUGUGAGUGAUCACACCCAUAUCUCUGGUAACCCAAUUGACUUAAUAUUGAUUCAUGAAAUACUGAUUUCUUGCCAACUGAUAUUUCUUCUUUUUUUUAAAAAAAAAAAUAUAACAGUUUUAUUUUCAAAUAGAAAUGUCAUAUACAAAUUUCAGUAUAAUCAAAAUUAUCAAAUAUAACAUGAUUAUUUUUAUAUAUACAGUAUCUACAUGAUUACAAUAUGAUUAUUAUUGUUAUAUACAAAACAUUUACAUCCAUUUGAUAAUAUCAGUUCAUAUUUGAAAAAGUAAAUACGUCAAUAUACAAUUGAAUGUUAUUAGUAUACCUUUAAAAAUCAUAUUCUUUCCUUUCUUAAGAAAUAAAAAUCAGUAAUAUGUUUUAAAACCUUUUUUUAAGUCACUGUUUUGGAGAUGAUCGUUUUAUGAAUUAAGUUGUCAGCUCUUUACCCCGUUUCGUUAUGUUAUCUCCCUUUGAUGUAUGGGGUGGGGAGUAUACAUAUUUAGGUGUUUACUGAACAAAAAACUAUCAAAAAAUACAGGUUAUAGAAGCUAUGCUCCUUUCAACGAAAGCCAAAAAAAGAAAGAAGAAUUAUAGCUACCACUUUAUGCAGAUUGAAUGCUUGGUAUAUUUAUGGUUUUAUAAAGCUCUUUUCUCACAUAUAGUAAUAAUUGAAUGAUAAGGGUAUGCGACCAGCCUAAUUCUUCAAUGAUGUUGCAUUCUACAUAUUUCCAUUUAUUAAGGGUAUAAUUACUUUGAUUUAAAUAAAUGUACUUCAGCUACUUCUAAUUCUAAUGUAUAUUUACUCAUUAAAAAGGCAUUAUAUUGAGAUAGUGAGGUUGUUUUUUUUUAACUUUAGAUCUAAAUAUAUAGUAUUUGGUAAGUAAUUAUUGAAGCUUGUUUUUUUCUGAAUACCCAAGGGUAGUUUACUUUUAAGGGUAGUUUUUAGCAUUUUGUUGGGUAAAGCUGCAGAAAAUGAAUAAGAGAUUUACUGUUUCAAUAUUGGAGUGACAAAAGGUGCAGAGGGUGGAUUCGGUUAAUUUAUAUAGUAAUGCGUUUGUAUUUAUUAUUUUAUGAAUAUACUUAUUUUUUGAA